GUCAGACAAUAGGCACCCUGGACAAUAAUGGCUAAAGAUACCGAACUUGAGUAUCAGAGGUUAUGUUAUAGUUAUUUGUAUCCUAUUCUAUUCAAAACAGAUGCUAACUAAAGGAGUUUGGUAAUGGCCCAAAAAUGUACAGAAACAUUUAGAAGUACUUUUGGAGCAAUCGACAAACAAUUAUUACGAUGGUUUCCUGGUCAUAUGGACAGGGGGCUAAAGCAAAUGCAACAAAAACUUAAAAUGGUAGAUUGUAUUAUAGAAGUUCACGAUGCGAGAAUACCAUUUACAGGAAGAAAUACAAAUUUCAAAUACACUGUCAGCGGAAUAAAACCCCAUGUUUUAGUGCUGAACAAAGUGGAUAUGAUUGAAAAACGUUUUCUGCCAUUACUGCAAAAACGUUUACGUGAUGAGAACGAACAUGUAUUGUUUACUAAUUGUAAAGACCAAUCUGAUUCGAGCAUUAAAAAGUUAUUUUCCUUAGUGCAGAAGCUCAUAAAUUCAUCAGACAGGUACAACCGUGAAGGUGAUAAAGACUAUAAUGUAAUGAUAAUUGGAGUUCCAAAUGUAGGAAAGUCUUCUUUAAUAAAUAAGCUAAGGAACAUAUUCCUGAACAGAGCAAAUGCUGCAGCUGUUGGUGCUGCACCGGGUAUUACAAGAAGUGUUCAAACAAAAAUAAAAAUUUGUGAUGACCCUUUAUUCUUUCUGUUUGACACUCCAGGUAUAACUAUACCAAAAGUGGACAAUGCUGAAGUCUGGUUGAAAUUGGCAUUGUGUGCCAUAGUUCAGGACCAUCUCGUUGGAGAGCCCAUUAUUGCAGAUUAUUUGCUUUACUGGUUAAAUAAACAAAACAAAUUAAACUAUGUCGAAGCCUUUAAUCUAGAAGGAGCCACAGAUGAUAUUUUAAAUGUUCUUGUACAAAUUGCAAAACAACAGAACAAGGUUUUAAAAAUGCGGAAUACAAACAAUGAGUAUGUAAUUAAGCCUGAUUUAACUCAUGCUGCCAAAUAUGUGAUUAAGAGUUUUAGAAAUGGGACAUUGGGUAAUAUCAUGUUGGAUGAAGAUCUCCUUUAGUAAAAUUUGUAAAUAUAGUAUAGUAAAACAGUAAUUAAUAAAUAUUUGUAAAUGAAA